GACGUGCUCUGGGGGCGGGAGCGUAUGUGUGGCCGGCGAGGGAGUGGUUUCCGGGCGCAGUUCUGGAUAACUGCGCAGGCGCCAGCUACGCGUUCUUUCCCCCGCAGCCGGCAAGAUGGCGGAAGUGGAGCAGAAGAAGAAGCGGACCUUCCGAAAGUUCACCUACCGCGGCGUGGACCUGGACCAGCUGCUGGACAUGUCCUAGUAAGAGACCCCGGGCUCCCUCCUCAGGCAUGCGAGCAGCUCAUGCAGCUGUACAGUGCUCGCCAGCGGCGCCGCCUCAACCGCGGCCUGCGGAGGAAGCAGCACUCGCUGCUCAAGCGCCUGCGCAAGGCCAAGAAGGAGGCUCCGCCCAUGGAGAAGCCCGAGGUGGUAAAGACACACCUCCGAGACAUGAUCAUCUUGCCGGAGAUGGUGGGCAGUAUGGUGGGCGUGUACAACGGCAAGACUUUCAACCAGGUGGAGAUCAAGCCUGAGAUGAUCGGCCACUACCUGGGGGAGUUCUCCAUCACCUACAAGCCUGUGAAGCAUGGCCGGCCUGGCAUCGGUGCCACCCACUCCUCCCGCUUCAUCCCCCUCAAGUAACCAAUAAAGCCUGUCCAGUCUCCA